AUGGCUGUGCCUACAGCUUCACCACUGGAGGUGAUGUCGACGACAGCUCUAUUCUUCACCGGUGCUCUGAUCAUGCGAGGUGCCGGCUGUACAAUAAAUGAUCUUUGGGACCGCAAUUUGGAUCCAUACGUCGAACGGACACGAUUACGACCGAUUGCGCGGAAAGCCGUUUCUGUUGAAAAUGCAAUUGUAUAUCUAGGCGCCCAGCUUCUGACUGGAUUGACUCUGCUCUUACAAUUUCCCCUACCUUGUCUCUACUAUGGAGUCCCGAGCCUCCUUUUGGUCACUGUAUAUCCUUUGGCGAAGCGAGUUACCCAUUACCCUCAGUUUGUUCUUGGCUUGACUUUUUCAUGGGGCGCCAUCAUGGGCUUUCCAGCGCUGGGCAUCGACCUAAUCUCCAACCCUGGUGCACUUGCGGCCGCCGCGGCGUUGUACUCCAGCUGUGUCGCGUGGACCCUCAAUUAUGACAUGAUAUACGCCUACAUGGACAUCAAGGACGAUGCCAAAGCGGGCAUCAAGUCGAUCGCCCAAGCACACCAACACAAUUCAAAGACCGCUCUGUCUGUCUUCUCUGCCGCUCAGAUUGGCCUCCUGGCGACCGCCGGGUAUUUUGCUGGGGCAGGUCCGGUGUUUUUUAUCGGAAGCUGUGGUGGUGGUGCGCUGGCUUUGGCAACCAUGGUCCGACGGGUGAAGCUGGACGAUGUCAAAGAUUGCUGGUGGUGGUUUAAGAACGGCGCCUGGUUCACCGGCGGAGUCAUAUCUCUCGGCUUGCUCGGAGACUAUCUUCAUCGGAAAACCCAGGAGGAGUCUCCAUCCACGACUCAGACCACUGGCGGCGCUUAA